GCUAGACCUGCAUGACUGGUUGAGCACUGCUUGCCGGUGGGCCCUUUGAAGUCACUGAUCAAUCGCUCUCUCUCCCUCACUCUUGCCUUUGAUCACCUCUUUCUCUUUCGCCACGCAUACUCCUCCUUCCCCUCCUCCCAAUCCUCAGUUCUCGUUUUCCUUGGGGCCAUUUUUUUUUAGUAAAGAUAGUUUUGAUUGAAUUUAAGUCGGAGUCCAUUCCCCCCUCUCAUUGAACGAGCGCAAUGGAGUGCCCUGUUUUUGUGUAUCGGUUGUGAUUCCCUUCCCGCUACCAGCCUGGGUUGGGUUCACUUGCACGUCCCCAGUGCUCCCUCACCCGAUAUCGAUCUAGGCUCACUCACUCUCUCUCUCGCGAUAAUCUAUCUAUUAAGUAUAUUGAAUCCUCCGCCUGUUCUUCUGUACAAUAUUUUGCGUCUUCUUUUUGUUUUGUUUUUCCCUCUUUUAUGUAUUUUCCCUUUCUGAUAAAUCAUUCGCCUCUUCUCUCCUCUGAAUGAUUCCUCAUUGCCCGAUCUGUUGGUCUCUUAUGACCCCUCACUUCGAUGUCGCUCCAAUGGGGCUCUGUCGCUGACUUCUGCAGCUUCUCGGCCCUUGGCUGUUAGCAUAGCUCCAUCGCGUGUUUUAGCCGUCGCCCCGACGCCUUGACAUGGGAUCAGUCCUCCUCAACCAUCCGCGGCCAGAUCACAUUGACAGCUCCUACACCAUGCUGGGAGGCGCCAUCACUCCCUCUGAAUCCGUCUAUCGACCUUCAUCCCAUCACACUUCUCACCCAUCAUCUCACUUGGACACUGGCAGUUCCAGGUCCACGUCGACCAAUACCACCCCCACUUCGUCCAUAGCCCCGCCAUCAACAUCCGCGGCCAGUUCUGCUCGCCUGCAUUCCCACUCUUCGCAUGAUGUGCCUGCUUAUAUCAACCGGUCAUCUCACACAACCUCCCAACCCUCCACGCGAGAUUCUUCAACAACGCCAGGAUCGACAUAUUCCCACCCUCCCCCAAUGAGCUCCACCCAUGUACCUCAUCCCGACUCUUCCACUUACCCCACGUUCCAUCGUUCCCAACAUGUGAGUGCAAACCAGACUACUGCACCGCCGAUCACAGGUUCUCACCGGGAGACUCACUCGUCUCCCGCUUCGCCUCGGUUGAGGCCGACAUUCCAGUCUCUGCGAUCUUUGGGAGGAUCGGAAGCGAACUCUCCAAGUCGCAUCAAGGUCCGUGACCUGUCUCAUAUCCAGAGCUUGGCCAGUGAAGAUUUCUUGGCCCAGUCGCAGAGGGACCGGCUUCCAGGGCAGUGGGCUCAAGAACGCCAGUAUGAGAUCAGCUCCAUGCCGGUCACCGAUAUCAUCGAGAUGGUUGCUGGGCUUCUUACGAAAAUCACUACGACCAAUGACAUGCACCAUGAGCAGGUCCAUCGACAUAUCCCGCCCCCUGAUGGCACGGCUAGCUUGACCCCGCAAGCCACGAGUGUGCUUGCAUUCCAUGGCAAAAAUGUACCCAGUAUUAGCAUUCUCAGCUACCUGAGUCGGAUUCAUAAGUACUGUCCCACUACUUAUGAGGUCUUCCUCAGCCUGUUAGUUUAUUUUGAUCGCAUGACCGAGCUAGUGAACAAAGGCCAACUGGAGCGUCUCCAGCAGCGCUGGGGGCACGUCCGAGCAGACUCCACCUCAAGGCCAGAGUCUGAGACGUCAGCAGCAAAACCUGCGCAUGUCUCACCCAUGGUGACUCCUCCGUCCUCUGCUAGCAUGAGAGCGCAGGACCCUACGAGUCCCUCGUCUAUAUCGCCGACUUUGAACCCCCAGGAGGAAGAUGAUCAUCUUUCCCAUUUUUUUGUUGUCGAUAGUUUUAACAUUCACCGGCUGGUCAUCGCGGGCGUGACCUGUGCUAGUAAAUUCUUUUCCGAUGUUUUUUAUACUAAUUCCCGAUACGCAAAGGUGGGUGGUCUCCCGUUGGUCGAGCUUAACCACCUUGAACUUCAAUUUUUACUCCUGAACGAUUUUCGUCUCUCGAUCCCUGUUGAAGAACUGGAAGCAUACGGAACUAUGCUUGUCGAGUUUUACGCCCGGGAAAUUGUUUCUCAACAGCAACAUCAGACUGUAUCUCAGGCAGAGAUUCCUCGUCCAUUCGGCUCCUCUACAGCGUCAGAUCCUCAGUCAGAUGCGAUGUAUAUGCGUCCUCACGAGAGACGUCGCUCCGAUCAACCAGAGAUCCAACAAACCCCAACACCACCGUAGCUAUGGAGUACAUGACUGUCUCUUAUCUUCACGGUUCAGCGAAUCCUUCGAUAGGAUGAUAUCAGUUGUGCUUCUAAGCGAUUAUUAGUGUCAACGAUUGAUUGCCUCUCUCCGGUUGACGUCACAUACCCUCACUAUUUUUGUCUGUCGAAUUCCGCGCAUCUUCGGGUCACACUUGUUUCUCUAUUUAUAGACUCUUGGCUGCUAGCAUGUUGGUAUAUUAUUUUGUUGAUCCUCGUGGAUUUCGAGUAUCCUGUGUGACUGGUACUUCCUGUACACAACUCUUUUUAUCUCUGCAUAUGCUACCCUGACAUCGGCCGGUGUUCAUAGGCGUUUCACUAUUGUUGGGUUAUAUGGUUGCAAGAAAUGUCUCAUCUUUAUAACCUGGUCUUCUUCUUUUCCUAAUCUACACUGAUCCAUUUUCACAUCUGUGUCGCCUUAUUCUAAAAAUCGAACACCGAGCAAGGGCUUCAUUUCUCGUCACAAAUUUGUCAAAGACUGUAACUUCCAGUGGUUUCCUCUAGGGAAAUAGCCGUUCGGUACGUGCAUUCUUGAUACAACAGCUAGCAUCUAAAAGUGUAGAUGGGUUGGUCACAUACAGGCUGCAUCACGAAUGGCCGAGUGAAACUUCGUGGGUAUUGUUCUCUAAACAGUGU